AUGCCGCAGAUGCUAGGAAAGAAGAUAAGGGCUGCAAGUCUGUCUGCGGACUGCACUUUCCCUGCUCUAAGCGGAAGUGACGGCAAGGGUAGCGGAAGACGCGGCCUGCACAGUCCGCGUGGAAACCCACCCAUCUCAGCCACCACGCUGGCGGUUGGGCCUCAGAAUUCCGCAGGUGGGGAGGAUAGUGGUGCAGGAAACCGAAAACCGAUUUCUGUGCUCCUGGCAUUCCACGCUUCUGCUGCUACUAGUCCCGGGAAGAUGGCUGCUGCUGUCGUGCUGCCUGUCGAGUGGAUAAAGAACUGGGAGAAAUCAGGGAGAGGCGAAUUUUUGCAUUUAUGCCGGAUCCUGAGUGGAAAUAAAAGCCAUGAUUGUUCAUCUUAUAGAGAUUUCCAGCAAGCUCUUUAUGAGUUAUCAUGCCAUGUCGUUAAUGGAAAUCUCAAGCAUGAACAUGCAUCUAAUGUUCUUAACGACAUUAGUGAAUUUCAUGAGGAUAUGCCUUCCAUUCUUGCUGAUGUAUUCUGCAUAUUAGAUACUGAGACAAAUUGUUUAGAAGAAAAAAGCAAGAGAGACUAUUUUACACAAUUGGUAUUAGCAUGUUUGUAUUUAGUUUCAGACACAGUUCUAAAGGAACGCCUGGAUCCAGAAACAUUGGAAUCAUUAGGGCUUAUCAAACAAUCACAGCAGUUCAAUCAGAAGUCAGUUAGAAUCAAGACAAAACUCUUUUAUAAGCAGCAAAAAUUCAAUUUGUUAAGAGAAGAGAAUGAAGGUUAUGCCAAGCUGAUUGCUGAAUUGGGGCAAGAUUUAUCUGGAAAUAUUACUAGUGAUUUAAUCUUAGAAAAUAUCAAAUCUUUAAUAGGAUGCUUUAAUCUGGAUCCCAAUAGAGUUUUGGAUGUCAUUUUAGAAGUGUUUGAAUGCAGGCCAGAACACGAUGAAUUCUUUAUAUCUUUAUUAGAAUCUUAUAUGAGUAUGUGUGAACCGCAAACACUGUGUCAUAUUCUUGGAUUCAAAUUCAAGUUUUAUCAGGAACUAAAUGGAGAGACCCCUUCAUCUUUAUACAGAGCUGCAGCAGUACUUCUACAAUUUAAUCUUAUUGAUUUAGAUGAUCUUUAUGUACAUCUUCUUCCAGCUGAUAAUUACAUUAUGGAUGAACACAAACGAGAAAUUGUGGAAGCUAAGCAAAUUGUUAGAAAACUUACAAUGGUUGUAUUGUCUUCAGAAAACAUUGAUGAGCGAGAGAAAGAAAAGGAAAAAGAAGAGGAGAAGGUAGAGAAGCCACCUGACAACCAAAAACUUGGUUUGUUGGAAGCCUUGUUAAAGAUUGGUGAUUGGCCGCAUGCACAGAAUAUUAUGGAUCAGAUGCCUCCAUUCUAUGCAGCUUCACAUAAGCUAAUAGCCCUUGCUAUUUGCAAGCUUAUUCACAUAACUAUUGAGCCGCUCUACCGAAGAGUUGGUGUUCCUAAAGGUGCUAAAGGUUCACCUGUUAGUGCUUUGCAAACUAAGAGAGCACCAAAACAAGCAGAGAGUUUUGAAGACUUGAGGAGAGAUGUCUUCAGUAUGUUCUGUUACCUUGGUCCUCAUCUUUCUCAUGAUCCCAUUUUAUUUGCAAAAGUGGUGCGCAUUGGCAAAUCAUUUAUGAAGGAGUUUCAGUCUGAUGGAGGCAAACAAGAAGAUAAAGAGAAAACGGAAGUUAUCCUUAGCUGUUUGCUUAGCAUUACUGACCAGGUACUACUUCCAUCUCUUUCGUUGAUGGACUGCAAUGCUUGUAUGUCUGAGGAACUAUGGGGAUUGUUUAAAGCAUUUCCAUAUCAGCAUAGAUAUCGUCUGUAUGGCCAAUGGAAGAAUGAAACUUACAACAAUCAUCCACUUUUAGUAAAAGUUAAAGCUCAAACAAUAGACAGAGCCAAAUAUAUCAUGAAGCGUCUAACCAAGGAAAAUGUGAAGCCUUCUGGAAGACAAAUUGGAAAGUUGAGCCACAGCAAUCCAACCAUUUUGUUUGAUUAUAUCUUGUCACAAAUACAAAAGUAUGAUAACUUAAUAACACCUGUAGUAGAUUCAUUGAAAUAUCUCACUUCAUUGAAUUAUGAUGUCUUGGCCUAUUGUAUCAUUGAAGCGUUAGCUAAUCCAGAGAAGGAGAAAAUGAAACACGAUGGUACAACCAUCUCAAGAUGGCUUCAGAGUCUGGCUAGUUUCUGUGGUGCGGUUUUUCAUAAAUACCCAAUUGAUCUUGCUGGUCUUCUUCAGUAUGUGGCUAAUCAGCUAAAGGCAGGCAAAAGUUUUGACCUGCUUAUAUUGAAAGAAGUGGUACAGAAAAUGGCAGGAAUAGAAAUUACAGAGGAAAUGACAAUGGACCAACUAGAGGCCAUGACUGGUGGAAAGCAUCUAAAAGCUGAGGGUGGCUGUUUUGGCCAGAUCAGAAACACUAAAAAAUCUUCCCAGAGAUUAAAGGAUACACUAUUGGACCAUGACCUUGCUCUUCCUCUGUAUUUGCUUAUGGCUCAGCAUAGAAAUGGGGUCAUCUUUCAGGAAGGUGGAGAGAAACAUUUGAAACUUGUGGGAAAGCUCUAUGAUCAGUGUCAUGAUACCCUGGUGCAAUUUGGUGGGUUUUUAGCAUCUCAUCUAAGCACAGAAGAUUACAUAAAGCGAGUGCCUUCAAUUGAUGUGCUCUGUAAUGAAUUUCAUACACCCUAUGAUGCAGCAUUUUGCCUGUCUAGGCCAAUGUAUGCACAGCACAUUUCGUCAAAGUAUGAUGAACUUAAAAAAUCAGAAAAGGGAAGUAAACAGCAGCAUAAAGUUCAUAAGUACAUUACAUCAUGUGAAAUGGUGAUGGCUCCUGUCCAUGAAGCAGUGGUCUCCUUACAUGUUUCCGAGGUCUGGGAUGACAUCAGCCCUCAAUUUUAUGCCACAUUCUGGUCAUUGACGAUGUAUGACCUUGCAGUUCCACAUACCAGCUAUGAACGGGAAGUCAAUAAACUUAAAGUCCAGAUGAAAGCCAUUGAUGACAAUCAGGAAAUGCCUCCAAAUAAAAAGAAAAAAGAGAAGGAGCGCUGUACUGCCCUUCAGGACAAGCUUCUUGAAGAAGAAAAAAAACAGGUGGAACAUGUACAGCGAGUUCUACAGAGACUGAAACUGGAAAAGGACAACUGGCUUUUAGCGAAAUCUACCAGAAAUGAGACCAUCACAAAAUUUCUACAGCUGUGUAUAUUUCCUCGAUGUAUUUUUUCAGCAAUUGACGCUGUUUACUGUGCUCGUUUUGUUGAAUUGGUGCAUCAACAGAAAACUCCAAAUUUUUCCACACUUCUUUGCUAUGAUCGUGUUUUCUCUGACAUAAUUUACACAGUCGCAAGCUGUACUGAAAAUGAAGCUAGUCGAUAUGGGAGAUUUCUUUGCUGCAUGUUAGAAACUGUGACCAGGUGGCACAGUGAUAGAGCCACAUAUGAAAAGGAACAGAACUUUUCUUUGAAAAGUAAACCUUUUUGAUUCCUCACUAUAUUACAGGCAACUGGAUUUGAUGGAGGAAAUAAAGCUGAUCAAUUAGACUAUGAAAAUUUUCGUCAUGUUGUACAUAAAUGGCAUUACAAAUUAACCAAGGCAUCAGUGCAUUGCCUUGAAACAGGCGAAUAUACUCAUAUCAGGAAUAUCUUGAUUGUGCUAACAAAAAUACUUCCUUGGUACCCAAAAAUAUUGAAUCUGGGUCAGGUUUUGGAAAGAAGAGUACAUAAAAUCUGCCAAGAAGAAAAAGAGAAGAGGCCAGAUCUAUAUGCAUUGGCUAUGGGCUACUCAGGGCAGUUGAAAAGUAGAAAGUCAUACGUGAUACCUGAAAAUGAGUUUCAUCACACAGACCCCUCUCCGAGGAAUGCAGUUGCCAGUGUACAAAAUGGGACUGGUGGUGGGCCUUCUCCAUCAUCGACAGGAAGUGCAUCUAAAUCUGAUGAAAGCAGUAAUGAUGAGAGUGAUAAAUCAAGGGAGAGAUCUGAGUGUGGUGUGAAAGCUGUUAAUAAAGCUUCUAGUGCUACACCAAAAGGAAAUUCAAGCAAUGGAAAUAGUGGCUCUAACAGCAGCAAAGCUGUUAAAGAAAAUGGCAAGGAGAAAGGGAAAGAGAAAGAAAAAGAAAAAAAAGAAAAGACUCCAGCUCCGACUCCAGAAGCCAGGGUACUUGGUAAAGAUGGUAAAGGAAAACCGAAGGAAGAACAGCCAAAUAAAGAUGAAAAAGCAAGAGAAACAAAGGAAAGAACACCUAAGUUUGACAAAGAGAAAGAAAAAUUCAAGAAAGAAGAAAAGGCUAAAGAUGAGAAAUUCAAGACCACCAUCCCCAAUGUAGAAUCAAAAUCUGUUCAAGAAAAGGAAAGAGAAAAGGAGCCAUCCAGAGAAAGAGAUACAGUAAAGGAAAUGAAAUCAAAGGAAAAUGCUAAAGGAGGAGAAAAAGCACCAGUUUCUGGGUCCUUAAGGUCACCUGUUCCCCGAUCAGACAUUGCAGACCCUGAAAGGGAACAAAAACGCUGCAAAAUUGAUACACACCAUUCUCCAUCAUAUUCCUCAACAGUAAAGGACAGUCUCAUUGAACUCAAGGAGUCUUCAGCAAAGCUCUACAUUAAUCAUGCUCCACCACUGUCCAAAAGUAAGGAGAGAGAAAUGGACAAGAAAGAUUUGGACAAGUCAAGGGAAAGAUCCAGAGAAAGAGAGAAAAAAGAUGAAAAGGACAGGAAAGAGCGGAAAAGGGAUCACUCAAACAAUGACCGUGAAGUGCCACCAGACUUAACCAAGAGACGAAAAGAGGAAAAUGGAACAAUGGGGGUUCCAAAGCGCAAAAGUGAAAGUCCAUGUGAGUCUCCUUAUCCAAAUGAGAAAGACAAGGAAAAAGAGUCAAAAUCUUCAGGCAAAGAAAAAAGCGGCGAUUCAUUUAAAUCUGAAAAGAUGGAUAAAAUCUUCUCCUUUGGCAAAAAGGAGUCUAGGCAUGAUAAAGAAAAGAUAGAAAGGAAAGACAAAUGGGACAGUUCAGGAGGAAGGGAAGAGAAGAAACAUCAAAAGUCCUCCAACAAGCACAGAUAA